UUCAGUCUUCAUUCGGGCCCAAACGCGUUCGCUUGGCCAGCGCGCUCGUCAUUUAGCCGCUGCCGCCCCCCUUCGCCCCCUCUCGCUCUCUCUCUCGCACUCUCCGCCAGUUGAGUGUGUGUGCGUGUGCGCCUGCCUACGUGUGUGUGCCACUGUGUGUGUGUGUUAACAAAAUGUGAUUAGCAAAAAUACAAAGAAAUCAGGCAUAGUGGAACAAGGCAUUGUGGCUGAAACAACAGUCAACGGUAACAGCAGUGCACAUAAAUUACAAAACAAAAAAUAAUAUAAAAUACAGCCGACAUAAAAUAAAAAAAAAACAAAUCUUUGGAGAUAUACACGAAAUGCGAAAAUUUGCAUAAAAAGCAAUGCGCUGGCGCGGCAACAAAGUGCGGCCGUAAAAAAUAAAUAACGCCAACGACAAUUCUGAAAAUUUGUGCUUUAUCGGCAACAGCAGCAACAAUUAAAUUAAUAUUGAACUACACCCAAAGUUAACAAAAGUAGCAGCCAUAUAAAAAAAAAACACACAACGACAACAAAAACAACAGCAACAACAACAACCACGGUUGCGGCUGACUUGGCCAAAACAACAACAGUAACAGCAGCAACAGCAACAAAAGCGGCAACAGCAACAACCAUCAACGUUGUCUACCUUUUUUUUUACCUUUUCAAGUGUUUUUUGUUGCCGCUGCAAGAGAGAUAUAUAGAGAGAUCCGGAGAGCAGGAACCGCAGACAAAAAGAGCGCCAGAUCGGGGCUUAACUCCGAUUUCGACUCCGACCAGUUCCAGUUGCCCGAAGUGAUACUGAUAUGACCAGCUGUCUGCCAGCAGCCACAGAUGCAAUCCGUUGCCACAACAGAUGAUGAAAUUUGAGCUACCCUAAUUGGGAGAAUUCUCCACGAUGCACGAACUUUUCAACAAAGUGCUCGCCAAGCGCGAUCUUUCUCGAGCAGGAGAUCUUUUCUCCGUGCCGGAUGCAGAUAUUGUCGACGAUAUCACGGAGGUGCUCUCUGAAAUCAGUCCGAUCAUCUCGCAUGCGGACUACGUGAAGAACAACAAUGACCAGAGUGUGGUGGAGAUCUGUGUGACGAGGGUGCUCUCCUGCAUCCGGGAAACGAAAAGUGCAGAGCGAUAUUGUGCUGCUCUAGUGGACCUUCUGAAGACCUGUCUGCUGUGGAACCUACAACCCUCGGGAACCACAAAAGAAGAGCCACCUCAUGCAAAGAUUGCUGCAGAUAUCAUUUCUAGCAUUUUUCUGAACUAUGACAAAAAAGAACUGAUGAAAAUAGCCCUUCCCGUAGCCGUUCAAUUUCUGCCGAAGGGAAACCGGGAGCUGUCGAGAAACCUGGCCAGCUAUCUUUCCCUGGCUGCCAUCGAUCACGCCUGCCUGUUGAGUCCGCACACGGAGUCCGUGAUGGAGUCCAUUCUGUCGGGGAACUACGGUCUACUCCGGGUGCUCUCUCAGGUUUACGAGGUGGCUCCUGAGGCGGUGACCCCACAUGCCCCACUUUUAAUGCCACUGCUGCCGCAGUGCGAUCCCCAGGAGCGAAUGGCGGUGUUCCAGUUGUAUCUGCUGAUUGUUCAGAAAUCUCCCGAGGUUCUCGAAUCCUGCGUUCCCCAGCUUUGUGGCUUUCUGCUCGACAGCGAUACCUCCAGCAUCACCAUGCAGAUCCUACUGAAGAUUUCCCAGCACUCGCCCAAUCUCCUCGUCGAUCACUUCGAGCAACUGCGUCUGGCGGCCAAAACGAACCCAGGAACCAUUCCGCUCUGUGCGCAGAUCAUGACCACUGCGGGAAUCGGGAGCAAGGAGACGGCCCAGCAGGCUCUGGACUUUGUCCUGGAACACCUGCCCACCCAGGCUCUCCUGCAGCAGGAGGCCACUCGCCUCUGCUCCGCGUAUCCUGUUCUCUUCACCGACAAGGUGCUCGCUUGUGUGCGGCAGAAGAACGCGGCCCUCAGCUCGCAGCAGGAUGUGGGAAACGCCCUGGGCAACAAGACCUCCGGCGGUGUCACCAUCGUCAGCCUCAACAGCUCCAGUCCCAGUCCACCUCUAAAACCAGCUCCCAUAGCCGCCCCGUCCAUCAACACCACAGUCGUUCAGCCAGCCAGUGCAGCCAGUGCCACGCCCACAGCGCCACCCGUCUCCGCCUCGGCGCCCAUUGCCACUUCUACGCCCGUGGCCGCUGCCACGCCCACUCCCCAACAUGCGGGCUACACGCGGCGGGUGAAGCUGGGGGAUUCGCGGAGCACAGGACGCCUGCAUCCUGCGAGCAACACACACCGCAGUGUGACGCGGUUGAAUGUGGCGAGUGGAUCGGUGGGGGGACUCCACAAGAGCAUGACCCGGUUGAGCAACUCGCAGAUUAACCAGCAACCCGGCGGCAGUUCCAACGGCAAUGUGGUGGUGCAAUCGGGUGCCACGCCCAAGACGCCCAACGCCUUCAGCAAUCCUCCCGUGACACCAGUUCCACCGCUGAGCAACAAUGUGGUGAUAACUGGCCACAACCGGCAUGGAAUUCCCGUGACCUCCGGAGGAGUAACGGUGACCACGUCGCCCUCGAAGGUGCGACCCCACUCCCAAGGACCCUCCACGCUGCUCAACUCGAGCACGGUGCUGAUGAAGUACAGCACGGAUGCACUGAACCAGUCGGUGGGCUCGAUCUCCAUACCCCAAUCAUCCGCGGCGGCCACUCUGCCACCCACACAGAAUGCGGUGUCCGUGCACCAUGCCUCGCCUGCCCUGCCCCAAUCCUCCAGCAACGGGAACGCCAAGUCGGUGAUGAAGCUGCCGGUCAAUGGAAAUAGCGAAGUGAUUGUCUCGGGACCCACCACAAAUGUGGCUCCCCGGCGCAGCGAUAAUACCAGUCGAACUCUACUGAAUGCCAACAGCGUGAUGGACCAGCGGAUGAGCACCUUCGAGCCAUAUCAGAUAAUGCGGGAUCCCGUCCAGCAAUUCUGCGAGAAGAACUUCAAUUCGAUCAAGUCCUACAUGGAUGAAGUAUCGCAGCAUUUGCCGCCACCCACGCGAUGCAGCAUCGAGGUUUCCAAUGAAUUUGCAGAGCGAAGGACCAAAAAGGUGGCCAAAUUGCACUUUGCCUGCCAGAUUCGAGGACCCCAUUGCCUUUACUCCAAAACUUGCUUCACGAUGCGAACGCGGAACCCCAAGACCUGGAUACAUAUGAUGUUCCUGGACUUUCAAGUGCGGCAUUUCGUAAAGGAGAAGUGCGUGCUGAGCACGCGUGAAUCUGGCAUCAGCAAUCUCAAGAAUAUCUGGCAAAUCCUCAAGUGCGAGAACCGCAGCUUCACCGAACUGGUCACCAGCCAGUUUCCUCAGGUCAAGGACCGUGAGAUCCUGGUGAACGAGCUGCGCCACUCGGGCUUCCUGGACGUGUUCGAGGUCUCGAAGACUGACAAGUCCAACCCGAACUGCAACGAGCUGGAGUACCAGUGGGGCUGCUUCCUGUGCAACCACCCGGACAAGGCGGUGGGUUUUCUCAACGGGAGCAACCAACCGAUGAUCGAAGGUCAACUGAAGGAGAAGAAGGGCAAGUGGAGGCUUUUCAGGCGCUGGCGCACGCGCUACUUUACUUUAUCCGGAGCACACUUAUCCUGCAAAGGAUCUAGCGGCGGUGAGAGCAUCGAUGUGAACCAGAUUCGAUCGGUGAAGGUGUCGCGUGGUGCUCGCAAUAUUCCGAAGGCCUUCGAGAUCUUCACCGCCGACCAGACAUUAAUACUCAAGCCGAAGGACGGCAAGAACGCCGAGGAGUGGGUGCAGUGCCUCAGCAUUGUGGUGGCCCAUUCGCAGGCCCGUGACAACCCGACGGCCAAGACGAAUAGCCUGCCAGCCAGGAGCAUGGGAAGCAGCAAGCCAUCCUUCUAGGAUUCGAAUGGGUUGCGAAUGGGAUGGCAUUCCAUGCCCAAUUGUGAGAUUAUUUGUAAAUGUAAAGACAGAGAAACGGCAACACACAAAAGACAAACAGACAAAGGAUCGGCGAGCAAAAGGACUCUGCUGUCUAUAUAUAUACACACACCAUAUAUUAUAUAUAUACAAUAUCAUUAUAUAUAUAUAUAUAUAUACCUAUACCUUAGACUUAUGUAGCGUGUACUUACCAUUUCAAGGGAUUUCAAAAAUUUUGCGAAAUUGUUUUUAUCAUUUAUAGUUGAUUUUUAUACAUAUGUAUUUAGUUUAUGCUUAUUUAUUGUACGUGUAUUAAACAAACAGCUUGCUUUCAAAAUCGAA